AUGAAGGCAUUGUGUCUACUUGUAUUAGGAUACUGCGCGGCAUCCGUUAAUGCCCAAUUCCGACCAAUAGGUGGUGCACCAGUGCCAUACGGUGGAGCUCCAAUUCAGUACGGUGGCGCUCCAAUUCAAUAUGGUGGCGCACCUGUUCAAUAUGGAGGCACACGAGUACCAUACGGAGGCCAAGUUUAUGGUGGUCAACAGGUUAUUGGUGGACAAACACUAGGAGGGCGACUUCCUAUUGGUGGACAAACGAUCGUUCGACAACCGCUUAUCCAACAGCAAGCACCGAUCAUCAGACAACCACUUCCUGUUAUCCAGCAGCAGCGUCCUAUUGUCCAACAGCCAGUACGCUUCCCCAUUCCUUCACCUGUUUCACAACCUAUUCCAGCACCUCUUCCUAUCGUAGCCCCACAGCCACAACCAAUCCCACGACCAGUUCAACAACCACAACCUAUCCCGCAACCAGUACCACAACCUAUUCCAACUCCGGCGCCAACUCCAGUUCCAACUCCGGCCCCGCUUCCAGCCCCAACUCCAGCUCCGGCUCCCGCUCCAGCACCGUUACCACCAAUCCAAACUCCUCCUCCACCACCACCACCGCCACCCCAGCCGUUUAUCCAACAACAGCCACAGAUCUACGAGCCACUUCCACCAGCACCACAACCACAAAUCAUCUACGAACAGCUUCCACCACCCCCACCAGAGGUUAUCUACCAACAAGCCCCACCUCCACCUCCACAAGUGAUCUAUCAAGAAGCACCACCGCAACAGCAACAAGUCAUUGAGAUCCACGAAGUUCAAGAACAAGCACCUGCUCCUCAAGUGAUCGAGCAUGUCGUUCACGAACAACCACAAGUCCAACAACGGAUGAUUGAAGCAGCGCCGCAACAAGUCGUCCAGCACGUCGUUAGACAUGUCGUCCAGCACGUUGUUCCCCACGUAGUUCGCGAACAGCCAGUUACCCAUGUACGACAGACGCAUCACGUGGUGCAACCAGUUCAACAAGUCGCUGCUGUCACUCCUAUGAUAUCAAUGCCUAUGAUGAGAACCUUUGGAGGUCUUGGAGGUCUCGGGGGAUUUGGAGGCCUUGGUGGACUGGGUGGACUUGGCGGAUUCGGUGGAAUGAGUGGUCUCGGUAGAAUGAGUAGUCUGAACAGAAUCGGAGGUUUGGCUGGCUUACUGGGAGGUUUCGGACACCACCACCAUCAUCACGACCAUCACGAUUAUUAUUAG